AUGAAUCCCGAACAGCUGGAAUUUAUCAGGCCGACCAAUGGACUACAGCACGCGUCAUUUGUUUCACUCCAUCACGACACCUAUCCACACAUCCUACCAAGGGGCACAGAACUAGUCGGAAGAUCCAUUCUCAUCACAGGCGCCUCAAAAGGAAUUGGCAAAGCACUAGCCAUCCGCUGCAUCAAGGCCGGGGUAUCCAAAAUCGCCAUUUCCGCCCGGUCCUCACAAGAAGAUGUUGUCCAAGAGCUCAAGACAGAAGCCUCAAAUUCAAAUUUCCCCGAGCCUCUGAUAAUCGCACUGAACAUGGACGUGACUUGCAAAGAAUCAGUAGAGGCCGCCUCAAAAGAAGUCCAGCAUUCGUUCGGCGGGAAACUAGACAUCCUCGUCAACAACGCCGGAUACCUACCAGACAUGGUGCGAGUUGGCGAAGACGACCCAAAUGAAUGGAUCAAGGGGUGGGAUGUCAACAUGAAAGGCCCGUAUCUGUGUUGUCAUUUCCUGAUGCCUAUGCUUUUGGCCUCGGAGUUGAAAACCGUCAUCAAUCUUACUUCCGUGGGCGCGCGUUGUAUCUCGUCUGGUGGGUCGUCGUAUCAAACUGCCCGCUUUGCAAUCUGUCGGUUUACGGAGUUCAUUGCCUGUGAGUAUGAGAAGGAGGGUCUGAUUGCGAUUGCUUUGCAUCCUGGGUCGAUUAGGACGGAGAUGGGUGAGCGGCUUCCUGGGAUCUUUGAUAGUUUGCUUGUUGAUACGGUGGAACUUCCGGCGGAUACGAUUGUUUGGCUUUCUAGAGAGAGACGGGAGUGGUUGAAUGCGAGGUUUGUCUGGGGGACUUGGGAUAUGGAGGAGUUGGAGGGGAGGAAAGAGGAGAUUGUUGAGAGGGAUCUGUUCAAGUUUAGGAUUACAGUGUGA